GCCAAUGCGAUGUCACGAGGAAGGAGAAGUCAUUAAGGUGCCCAGGGAGGUGGAGCGAGACAACCCCUGCAUCAGUUGCUCCUGUCAGAACAAAAUUGUAAUGUGCAACAGGAAGUGCCCGAGCCUGGAAGGGUGUUACUGGAAGAUGGAACAGGAUCCCAAACAGUGUUGUCAGGUCUGCAAGGGGUGCGAGCACAAGGGUAAGUGGCACCAGCACGGUGCCCACUGGUCAGACGGGUGCCACCACUACCAGUGCCUGUCUGGGGUCCUCACCGUCUCCAAGACCCAGUGCCACCUGCCUUGUACCCACCCGCGCCCGGCCCACGGCUCCUCCUGCUGCCCAACCUGCUCAGGUUGCUGGCUGGAAGGGCGUCCGGUGAUUGAGGGGGAAGUGAUAGUCUCCCGCGUCGAUCCCUGCGUCAGGUGCAAGUGCUCGAGGGGAUCCCUCUCCUGCGAGAAGAAGGCCUGCCCCGUCCUCUCCUGCCCUCCUGCUAAGCAGGUCUCCUUGCCAGACACCUGCUGCAAGAGUUGCCAGGGUUCUCGAGAGCUGAUCCCCCCACCAGGAGGGAGAUGUUUCCUGAAUGGCCACCUGUACACGACGGGCGUGGAGCGAACGCUGGACCCCUGCACCACCUGCGCCUGCCACCAGGGCUACAUCACCUGCCAGCGUGCUACCUGUCCAGUCCUCAACUGCUCUCAUGAGUACCAGAUCUUGCAGGAGAAUGAAUGCUGCCCCACCUGCAGUGCGGCGGGUCAGCUGGAGAGUGCAUGCCACAUGCAUGGUAUGCUUCACAAGGAUGGCGAGGAGUGGAAAAGGGACCAGUGCACCUCUUGCACUUGCUCUAAUGGUGCCGUAUCCUGCCACACGCUCCCCUGUGAAUACUUCAACAAGCCUUGUCCACCUGGCUACAGGCGUGUGGAGUCAGAGUACGAGUGCUGCCCAAGGUGUGAGGUGGCCCCUGGCGUGUGUGUCGUCUUCGGUGACCCCCACUACCGCACCUUCGAUGGACUCCUCUUCAACUUUCAGGGAGCAUGUAAAUAUACACUGGCCGAGACAUGUCGGAAUAAGAAUGGGUUUAAGCUCAGUGUGAACAAUGAUGGUAGACGAUCCAACACCUUCUCCUGGACCAAGAGUCUCACACUUAAGAUGCCUCGUGCUAAGGUGAAGCUGUGUCAAAAGCUGCGUACAAAGAUCAAUGGACGUAUUGUUAAAGCCCCGUAUGAGAUGCCUGGCAUCCUCAACAUGACGCAGGAGGGGCAAGCCAUUGCCAUCACCACCCCAAAAGGUAUUCGUGUGCUUUGGGACGGCAUCAGCUAUGUGGAGGUGGAAGUGCCUGUCGAGAUGCGCAAUCGCAUGUGUGGCCUCUGUGGGAACUUUAAUAAUGAUGUCGCUGAUGACCUAACUACGAAGGGUGGCAGCCUAGUGGACACACCAUAUCAAAUGGCUUUGUCAUGGUCCACAGGCAGAGUUAGGCAGUGUUCCCGCAAAAUGAAUAAUGACUUGAAUGUUACAAACUCGCGUCGAACACAGCGUUUAACGUGUCCCGUGUCAGCUGACCAAGCAUUUAGCAAGUGUGGCUUACUCAACAGCACCGUGUUCCAGGCAUGCCACAGCAUUGUCAGCAUCGACAAAUUCUAUGAGUCAUGUGUCCUAGACAUGUGUGAAUGCCGGUCAACACGUCGAUGUGAGUGUGAUACCUUGCAGGCAUAUGCCCGACAAUGUCAGAGACUUGGCGUCCCUAUCCUAGAGUGGCGUAAGCAUAGCAAAUGUGGAGGUUUGGAGUGUCCACAUGGAGCAGAGUACAUGGAAUGUGCUCCCCCUUGUCGUGCUACUUGUCGCAACCCAACACCUAACCCAAGGUGUUACACCCAACGCUGCAGAGCUGGUUGUUAUUGCCCACCACCCACUGUACUGCACCGUGGGGCUUGCAUUCCAGUUGAGAAGUGCCGUAAAAGUAAGAAAAAAAUGAAGAAAUCGUUGUAGGAAUUGCUAGCAGCUGGCUCGGUAAAAGGUAGAACAGUUGGGGUGCCCAGCCUCGUACUGGCAGUGGUGGUAGUGGUAAUGGUCUAGGCUGGACUGCUGUGAGCUCGAGAUGCAAUAAAUCUAGCUGACAUGAGACUUCCUUAUAUGUGAAGGCAGUGUGCAGAACAAGUGCCAGAUACCCUGACACCAUGGUACCUCGAUGCACUGAUGUCCGGGCCAGCAAACUUGUGGUCUCAGUGGCGACACUGGCAUCAGGCUGGAGAGUUGUGAUUGAUCUCAUGAAGUGUUUAGUGUGUGCACAACAGAUAUUAGUGGCAUUGUCUUAAUGAACACUUGUGGUGGAGAAUAUAUAUACUACAUAGAUGCUUUUUCUUAGUGUUGUUAUUUGUGUUGUAUGUUUGUUGACAUUACUGUACUGUUAAAAACAGAUUAAUUACCAUUUUAUGCGAGCACAAUCUUGUAAGAUGGUGGAAUAUAUAUAUCUAAUGGUAAAUAUUCAUUUCCUACUUAAAUUAAUAUAAGUAUUUUUUUUUAAUUUCAUUAAGGUGUAGAGUCAGAUAUAGUAAUAUCCCAUUCAUGAAAUGUUGCACAUAUAUUUUUGUAAUGUAUUAAAAAUCAUUAUUUUGUUUGUAAAAACUGUGUUUAAUUUUUAAAACUAAUUUGUUCAAACUAGCCUAAAAGAUGGCAAUACUGUACUUGCAGAGUGCAUAGCAAGAAGCAGAGCAAAUAAAGACAAAAGGAAGCCAUUAUUUAAUGCAUGACCUUAAUUUUAUGACUUCCAAAUUAAGGUCACUAAAAUAAUCAAUGGAUAUGUACAGUACAGUAUUUUUCACAAGUUAAUAAUAGACUUUCCAGUAAUAAAGCAAUUUAAACAGAUAUCAGCAGUACAAUAAAAUAGGGCCAGAUAUUUUCUCAAGGGUUAAAUAAUGAAAUAACCAGAUAUGUGUGCACAAAUUUUUCUCUUAGGUAUUGCAAAAAAAAAAUAAAAUAAAAAAAAGUACCAUACUAGGUAAUGUCAUUUUCAUAUGGCUUUUGAAAUUUCCUCUGUCCAUGUCAACUAAUUAGCUUCUCUCUGACUAGGGUUGUAAAUGAUAUAACAAAUUACAAUUAUUAAACAGUUAAAGCCCAUUGACAGGCGAUGAGUCACAAUAACGUGGCUAAAGUAUGUUGACCAGACCACACACUAGAAGGUGAAGGCACGACGACGUUUCGAUCCGUCCUGGACCAUUCUCACAAUCGACUUGAGAAUGGUCCAGGACGGACCGCAACGUCGUCGUCCCUUCACCUUCUAGUGUGUGGUCUGGUCAACAAAGCCCAUUGAAUCUCACUGGUUAGUAAAAAUUGCUUCAAUUAGUCACCCAUUGGUCCUUGUCAGAACCUGCCGCUUUAAAUCUAAACCACAAUUAUGAAAAUACUCUUGAAAUUUUCAUUAGCCUACGUACAAACCUCUCAUAAUUAUAUUGAUCUGAUUAUGUACAAAAAAUAUCUAAAGAACAAAAGUGAACAAUUUAAACAAAAAAAUAUUACCUAUUUACUAACCCUAUGUUGUAUACAGUACAGUACUUCAGUUUCAAUGUCUGACAAAUGCACAUAAAACAUUUCAUUCACUAGGUACCAAAGACUAUAUUUUAACAUAUGGAUCUAUACUUUGUGAAGUAUACAGUGUUGCAGUGUAAAUAUAUAUAGAAAUUGGCUGCCUGUAGAGAUCAGGGUAUCAAUUGGUUAGUUAACAAAUAUUAUAAGCAUUGAUUUUUUUCAAUCUGUUUUGAAUUUGAAAAAUGGUGAGGAUAUAAAUGAAGUGUGUGCAAGUUGUGGUAUGACUUACAAUUGCAGAGUAUAGGUACUAUAUAUAUAAGCUGGUUCUAGGAAGAUAUGAUGGUUUUGUUGAAGCCUAGCUGCUGUGAGUUGGUCAUACAUGUACAUGCAAGUUGAAGAGGUCUUGGUUUUAUUAUACAAAAAAUAUUCUGUGUAACUUGGUAUUUUCUUGAAAAAUUACACAAACUAUAUUACUGUAUUUGUAAAGCAUAAGAAUUGUGCAGGCGAUGAGUCACAAUAAUGUGGCUAAAGUAUGUUGACCAGACCACACACUAGAAGGUGACGACGUUUCACAAUCGACUUGAGAAUGGUCCAGGAUGGACCGAAACGUCGUCGUCCCUUCACCUUCUAGUGUGUGUGGUCUGGUCAACAUAAGAAUUGUGUGUAUAUGCCAUGAAGGACACAAGAGUAGUGCUAUGAGAACCAAAUGCUCCAACUCCUGUACUGACGUAAUGUGGGUUACAAUUGUGAGUGAUGUGUUAGUAUUUUUUAAAGGUGGAAAUAUGCAUUUUGUAAUUUUUUAUACCAAUGUACUGGAUUUAUCUAGAUAAACCUAAAUUAUAUUUAUUAGUUUAGUUUUAACAAUAGAAGUAGAAUUUGAUGUGCAAGGAAUUAGAGAGAAGUGUAUGCUGUUCCAAAGAUAUACAUAUGGGCAUGUUUUAAUACUCAUGAGAUAGGUGGGAUACACAAAUAUUGAGUUGAUUAUACAUAUAAUUUCCCCCAGACUAAAACCCAGUGCCCAAUAGUGAGUUGGUUUAGUGUGUUCAAAAGAAGAAUGAAAGAAUGAUAAUAGGCAUAAAUUUAUCUUUUUUAUUUUGUUAUAGUUGACUGGAAGUCCCAGAGCAGUAACUGUCCAUGUAAAAUAUAAAGAAUUAAAUUUGGUCAGAGAAAAAAUGGAGUAUGCAUGAAGUGUGAUGGUGAUCACUGUGAGUACAGUGCAUGAUGUGACGAUCUGAUGAGCUCUCAUAAUGCAAGACGACAAACCUUCUUACAUAAAUAUAUUAAACAUAAUACAAUAGUUGAAUGUAAUUUCUUUAUAUAGUUUUAUGGAACAACUGUAUUUGUUGAUAGUUUCUCAGUGUCAUAGAACCAUGAUGUACUUUUUGCAUGUGCCUUGUUGAAGUACAUGGUGGGUUCCCAACUUUGUCAAUUGUAGAACUUAUCGUUUUAAAAAGGACUUUCUGUUUCUGAAUUUAGCACAACGUUUUUGUCUUUAAUGUUAUUUUUAAUGUUAUCUUUAUAUAUUUUAUUAUGUAUUGUGCCAUCCCAACACUGUCUAGGAGUGAUCUGACUGUAGAUUGUAGUGACUCCUACAGCUUGCUGGAAGGUGAAGGAAAAUUGUGAGGUUGAUGUAUUGUUGUGUGUUCAGUGGUCAGCACUUCAGAUUGUCUCAGAGUUUUAGAUCCUGUUAAUGUAAUUAUUCUGUGGAUCUAGUUUUUUUUUACUUAAAAUACAAUCAUAUUUACUAGUUGUCAUAUAUAUAUAUAUAUAUAUAUAUAUAUAUAUAUAUAUAUAUAUAUAUAUAUAUAUAUAUAUAUAUAUAUAUAUAUAUAUAUAUAUAUAUAUAUAUAUAAUAUAUUAGGGAAGGAAUGGGUGUGUCAAAUGUGUCGUCCCACCACUUCCAGAGUACUGACAUAGGAUCACACAUGACACCGUUCAGUACUGACAGCAUCCCAUCACCUCUGUAAUGACAGUGGAUCACAUGUGACACACUGUUCAGUAGUGCCAGUUAGGCCAUUAUGGCCUCAUUGUUUACAGCCUUGUGCCAUGGCUUUUAGAUGUAGCUGUUGUUUUACUUACUCAUAUUUCUGACAAUUGAAUAUUUAUAUACAUUUUAGCAGUAGUUUUUCAGAAUUGAAUUCUGUCCUGUGAUUGGUAAUGGCUUCAACUAAAAUUGGUUCUUAAUAACCAGAAGACAAUUGCCAAUAAUCUUGUAUUAAAACAAGUAGAGUACCUAAAAUUUUCUUGACAUAGCCAAGGUAAUUUUAUGAAGUGUAAUGUUAUAGAAGCAGGCUGCUGUGGUACUCAACAAAUCGUAUACAAGUAACUCUGCUUUCCCACUAUCUAUUGGCAAGUUUAGCACAGGGUUCCUUCCAACUUUCUCUCAUAAUACCUUAUCAGCCUUAAAAUGUUAAUCCUAUUAUAGCCUGUUAUACUCAAUGCAUUAGCCUUCACCUGCCAGUGUUAAGGAUUAUGUAGUGUGUGUUUCAAAAAUUGUCAUGGGUUGUUCAUUUCCUGUCUUGAAAUGAAUGGCGAUACAAUCUGUCAAUCUACAUUAAAGUUAACUAUCCAACAAUUAGAUAUAAUUGACAACAUAUAAACAGGGAAACCCCACUACAACGUGUAAGGUCAGCAUCUGGAUUUAGCUCUCAUGAUAUAUGUAGUGUUACUUAGUGUUUAGUUAUGUUAAUAAUUACUGCAGAAAAUAUUUAACACCUUAUUUACUUCAUAAUACAAAAGUAUGAUAUGUAACUGCUGCUGCAAUAUUUAAAUUAAUUUUGUUAGAAAAAGGCAGUACAUGCCUUUAGUAAUGCCUUCUUUGUAUAAGUCUAAUAUACAAGUCUAAUAUACAUUAGACUUUUCUUCAGAUCACCCUCAUCCCCACAACAGUUGGAUAACCGAUUUACCUGAGGCCCACUAACCCUAGUGGCCUUGAUGAGGACGGGAAGCCGACAAAGGUCCUCUCAUUUGCCUUUUAUCUUUUCCAGGUAGAUUCUAAAACUUAACACAGUUCUGGCAUUUACGGCUUCGGCGGGCAGGCAGUUCCAUGGGUUUAUAACCCUGUGGGUGAAAAAGCAUCUCCUGUUCUCUGUCCAACAUUUUGGUGUGUUGGGCUUAAACCAUUCAUUUGUUCCUUGUCUGUGCUGAAUCUGACUUUUUGAAGAAAUUUUCUGAAUCAACAUCCUGUAACUUGUUCAGUAUUUUAAAAGUUUCAAUGAGAUCUGCCCUGUCAUGCCUGGUUUGUAGUAUUGUGGCCCUGUGGCCCUCAACCGUUUCUGAUACGUGAGAUGACUAAACUCUGGAAUGAUACUUGUUGCCUGGUGUUGCAUCUUCUCCAGAGCAGCAAUGUUCUUCUGAAAAUGAAGUCUCCAUGCUUGGAUAAAGUAAUUCAAAUGGGGACACACCAGAGAUUUAAUACAGUUAAAUCACUACCUUCUUUUCCUUAAAGUGGAAAGUAUGCUUGAUUAUUCCAAGGGUUUGGUUAGCUUUUCAGACUGCUGCUCCCACCUGUUGUGCAAUUUUUAGCGAGUGUGGAUUUUGACUCCAAGGUCCUUUUCUUCAUCAAUCUGCUGUAAUGUAAUGCUAUUAAUUUGGUAGUUAUGGCAUGGGUUGUCAUGCCCCACAUGCUGGGUCUUGCAUGUGUCGAUAUUAAAAAGCAUUUGCCAAUCUUCUGACCAUUUGUGCAGGUCAUGAAGAUUUCUUUGUAAGACAUAAAUAUUAUCAUUAUUUCCCACUUUACCAUAAAUCUUUGUGUCAUCUGCAAAUUUGAUGAUAUAGUUUGUAAUAUUCUCAUCUAUGUCUUUGAUGUAUGAGACAAAAAGGGUGGGUCGCAAAAUGAGCCCGAGGUACCUCAUUUACCACAUUUUUCCAGUCAGAUUCAUUCCCAUUUAGCACAACCCUUUGUUUUCUUUCUUUCAACCAUUGUUUUAUCCAUUCUAAUAUUUUACAAUUUAUUCUAUGGGCCUGUGCCUAUUUACUGCUAGGUGAACAGGGGCAUUAGGUGAAAGGUGCUCAACUAUUUCUGUUCCACCCUGGAAUUCCCAACCGAGUUGAGAAUGAACCCAACUGUACUGCAGGGACCCUCUUAAAUUAUAACUCUAAAAAUAUAUUAUGACAGUAAUUGGGUCAAAGAUUAUCACAAAUAAUGAGUCAGAUUAAACUCCCUUUGAUGAUCAAUGAAUCACCAUAUGAUGGGUAAAUAACCUCACAAGACCUUUUAUUAAUUAAAAGAGCUUAUCAAGUCUUAAUCCCUCAUAAUAUAGCUUUACUGACAUAACUUUGUUUUAUGUACAAAUUUGGGGAAAGUUUAUUAAAUUUAGUAAUGGUAAUGCUGUACUAUGUUGGGCUUUGCACAGUAGUGAGAUUUUCCUGUACUGUUUAUCAUUAACCUGCAAUUGUGAUAUUUUGAUAAGUGCUGUUGAAAUUUGUUAGCAAUCGUAGAGGAGACUGGCAACUGGAUGGCGUUUGGUCAGACAAGGCCAAGUGUGCGAACCAGCUGCUCUCUCAUGUGCUGAAAUAUUGGUUGUAUUUCUCUUAAAUGUUGUAAUCAUAACCAUUGAUGUGAUCCUAAUGUUGACAUAUAAUGUGAUGAUACUCUUGAGAUAUUAAACAUCAAUUAGUGUG